AUGACCUUUCAAUUUAAUUUCACCAUAGAAGACCAUUUGAAAGAUGAAUUGACAUGUUUGAGAGAUGAAGAUUUGACUCUGGGUUCUUCAAAAGAGGCAGCAGUCUCAGAAAGUCAUAAAGGAAACCGGGGGGAUAGAAAAUGUUCUCCCAAACAAUUUGACUUGCCUCAGAAUCACUUCAGGGAACAUAUGUCAGUGGAAAAUGCAGUUCCCUCUCAAGACCGAGACAGUCCACUCAAUGCAGCUGAUAGUUCAAAUAACCCAGAGCCACAUAAAGAGCAACCUUGUGUGAGAGUUGCCAAAGAGCAUGCUAUGCCUCAAGAUUUGAAGAAACUAUUAGAAAAUAAAGUUGUAGAGACUUUAUCAGGUUUCCAGCAUGUUAAUGUCUCAACAUUAAACGUGUUUCCUGGACAAAACAUAGUUUCAAAAUGCUUUUCUUCUCACUCUGAUCUGAUUACAGGUGUUUAUGAAGGAGGCUUAAAAAUCUGGGAAUGUACCUUUGAUCUUUUGGCUUAUUUUGCAAAGGCCAAACUGAACUUUGCUAGAAAAAAAGUGCUGGAUCUUGGCUGUGGCUCCGGGUUACUGGGUAUAAUGGCAUUUAAGAGAGGAGCCAAAGAAAUUCAUUUUCAAGAUUACAACAGCUUGGUGAUUGAUGAAGUAACUGUACCUAAUGUGGUGGCUAACUCCACUUUGGAAGAAGAAGAAAAUGAUAGAAACGAACCAAUUAUGAAAAGAGGCAGGAAAUCAAAACUAGCCCAAGAACUAUUUAAAUGCCGAUUCUUUUCUGGGGAGUGGUCUGAGUUUUGUGGACUUGUACUAAGCAGUGAAAAACCCUUUGUAAAGUAUGACCUCAUUCUUACCUCAGAAACCAUUUACAAUCCAGAUUAUUAUAGCAGUUUGCACCAAACAUUCUUAAAGCUGCUAGAUAAAAAUGGACGAGUGCUUUUGGCCAGCAAAGCACAUUAUUUUGGUGUAGGUGGAGGUGUUCAUCUCUUUCAGAAGUUUGUAGAAGAAAGGAAUGUAUUUGAGACGAGAACCCUCGAAAUAAUUGAUGAAGGACUAAAAAGGAUCCUAAUUGAACUGACUUUUAAGCAUUACAGUUAA